CCGAUGGAGACCCUCAGUCCGGACGCCAUGGACGAUGGAUUGCAAGAUUUGGGUGUUCCUGUUCCGGUACAAACAUUCCUCUGGCGUCAAAUUGCGCCAUUUAUCCGACCAAAACUUGGCAAGCUCCAUGAAGCCAGCUGCAUGUUUUGCCAACAUGCACCCGGACAUCAUGAGCUCAAAGAAGCGUGCAAGUCCUUUGAGAAAGUUCUUGUGCAAAACAUACAGUUUGGCCUGUCGCCAUCGCUAACGUCUGCCCUGCAUGCAAUCCCCAGGUGGAGGCUCGUUCAGGCUGCCUUGCCCCAUGUUAUGCAUUGUGCAGCCGCACUUCUUCACAACAGGGUGAAAGAUCUGCAGAGUCUCGGAACGGCUGAAACUAAAUUGCUGUACACACUUCACUGGAUUCUCUUAUUUGCCGGCGAAGAGUGUGCAGAUUCAGAAACAGAACAGGAAAAGCAAUCCCUAAAGAGUCAUCAGUAUUUAUUUUCCGUUCCCACCAUUACUCUCUUUGUGUACCUAUUCGCUCCAAUUGCUCAUCACCUCAAGGAAUCUGACUUUCAGAAUUUUCGCCUUGAGAAUGGAUUACGACUGUGGCAAGGAAUGUGGGAGUAUCGGGCUCCAAUUGCUCCAUGUUUCAUUGCACCUGUUAAGCCUAGAGCACGGCAACUUCUCUCUCCAACUAGUCCCAAAUCAACAAUACCAUCUCUUUGUCUUUUGUCAGGAAAACAAUCUGGGGCUGAAAUGACUCCACAGCUCGAUUCACCGCAAAGUCUAUCAUAUUCGACAGAUACGCCAAAGCACGAUGAUGAUUGGAUAUCCUCGCCCAAGGAUUGUGCUUUCCCCGAAACAAUACCCGAGGAAGCAUCAAGUGUAGAGGAAGAGCGAGUUGUUAUUUUCAGACUUCCAUCAUCAGGACAGAAUCUGUUGGAUUCAUUCUAUACGGCGGAUGCUAGUUUACUCCAGCAGAGCCAUCGCGGAAGCAAACAAUCUUUACUAUCUCAAGACAAACCCGAACGUUUGCCAAACCGUUUUGAUUUCGAUAAGAUAGAGGUGUACGAUAGAGGUCACGAUAGAAAAGAAUUCCCAGGAAGUAGCAAAAUUUGCUCUCCUGCGGAAAAGGACUCUAUUGAAGAUGGCUCCAGAUCACCUCAAAUGAUCAAGUACGAUAUAACAGCUGCAACGUUCUUGGACGUAGCUGUGAUGAGAUGUCUCUUCAUAUCACAUUGGCAAGAGGAAGGGGUUUACUGGAGCUUGCACUACUUCAACAACCGUUUGCGGGACAUAAGCGAAGAAGCAGCUAUUCCUGCUCCACAGCCUAGGAAGCGGUCUAAUUCACUCCCUAUACCCCAAAUAGAGAUAUCGGUCUAUCAAGGGCCUAAUAGUCGAGACAGCCCAAGUGGUAGUUCAACUGGAAAGGACUACAUUGAAGUGCCGGAAGCCUCAGUCUCUGCUCAUAUGACAGGUAUGCCCCUGCAUGACUCUUCAAGUGGACGUAGAGGCAGCGAGAAGAAGCGCCGCGUGAAGAUGGCCGACAUUGCAAGGGCUUUCGUUGAAACUAAAAUGUUUUCAAAAUCUGAUAGGGCCCUUGAACGAAUCGGUCUGGAGUUCGGAUCGAAUGGAAAACAACUCGAACAAUCAGAGUUACACCGAAGCCUGGAUACCGGUGAAUCCCUAUUAUCCAGAUCAGUGUCUAUGAUACAUCGGACACCUUCAACAAAUCUAGUCAAGGGGAAGAGUAUGCCAAGUUUGAGCUGUCUUCUUGAUAGCGGAUUUUACAGGUACGUGGAACCACAAAAAGUGGCUAAACCAGCACCACCGGCUGGACCGAAAGCCACAAUGUUUGCUAGGAAUCCCAUUAUUACCGUGACUGAGCACACACCUACACCAAGUCCUGACUAUUUGCGUCGUCAGGGAUCAAUUGAUUCGCAACUGGAUGCACUUAGUAGCACAGGAAGUGCAUUUGGAUUUAGAAACCAGAUGCUUCGCUCUCACACGGAUUCCCAUAUUGCCUAUGCCGGUCCUGAUGAGACUGAAGCUCCUGGAUCAUCCUUCUAUAUCACACCUGAAGGAGGGAUCGAUUACGAAAUCCUGCUACUUGCUGUCUAUACGAUUUUCAAAAAAGACUCCAACAUCUGCUCUCUGAGAGUACUUGAAGCUGGAUUAAACAUCUGUGAACUUCUAUUGGAUCUGGGAAUUAUGAAAAUGGGCCAACAUGCUCAUAAACUAUCAAUGGGAAUUCUGAAGAGAGCCCUACUACACCUAGGCUGUCCUCAUGGUUGCAAUGAAGGAAUCCGAGGACCUCCAGCAGAAUUCCUUCGUACGCAGUGUCAUACAAUUCUUUCCCGGAUGCUACGCCAGGUCCCUGCUCAGUCGCGAAACUACCUUCGCAACAUGGUUCGAACAACGAAACUUCAUGAACUCAUAGAAUUUUUCCAUGCUUUCGUUGGCUUUUGCGUGGAUCCGAGUUCGCUUCUUUCUCCACUGAACCAUAAAAGAACACCUGCAUUUAAAACAAUGACUCCUGACAUUGGCGGUCUAUCAGGCGGCCAGGGGGGCUAUGCAACCAAUUUCGGGGGUGGAUUGAGUGGUGGAGCCGAGAGUCAGGUCAUCGCGGCCGUCUUCAAGGCUCUCGUAACGCGCUUCGUGGAGUCCUUCAAGGAGCUCAAGAGUCAGGAAAAUAUGGCUCUCUACUGUGACGUGCGACAGUUGAUCACUUACGUUAAAGGUGCCCAUGGAGGGCCAUUCCGUAGAGUUGCUCUCAGCGGGAUUAUGGCAGUUACACCGAGGCCGCACAAGAAAGGACCCAAUUACCAAACUACCCGUGUUAUUCGUCAUAUUCCUCAUAGCGAUACACCGUCCUUCCAACAGGACGAACGAGCACAGAGAAAACUGCUCUUUAAGAAACGCAGUACAUCCUCCACAUGUGCAGUAAGUUUAAUUAAUUUUCAAAGUCUUCUAGAAACAGCAGAGACUUUCGAGGAACCACCUUUCCGAUACAGUCAGAGUCCAUUGAGUAACCUACGUCGGAAGACAGCGAGCGUUAGGCCGACUUUAACACCUCGACACAGCGAACGAGCCCUCCUUUCAGACUCCACAUCGAGUUCUGAGCGAAAUUCCGGGGGAAAACUGGGCGGAAUCGUAAGAUGGUUCCGUGGAAACUCCAAAGAUCGCUGUUCAAUUGAUUUGGAAACAGGAGCAAUUGCUCCAGACCUUGCAGCCACUUUUGCUCGCCAGAGCUCCUUCAAGCUCCAAGGAAGACGAUCUGGAGAUGGCUUGGGACGAUCCCUGCAGAGGGCCAGAAGACGCGUUGAACGUCGUUUGGGACGAUUUGGCAUUGGAAAGGGAAAGAAAAAAAUUGGUGGUACUGAGGAAGUUACGGGAAGUUAUUUAAGCAGACGAAGCUCUUAUGAUUUUGGGGAGGGACCUCGAGAGUCAGAAGUUGUGGUCCUGAAGGAGAGACGACUUGUACCAAUUCUUCCUGUGAGGGAAGGAAUGUGCAGAUUUUCAUUUCUUCUUGAAACUUGUGCUCCAGGCUCAGUUCCAGAUGCUCAGUUGGUAGCUGCAAUUUUGGACUUGCCACAAGCUCCUCUGGUCACUCGAGCUGCAUUCCUCCUGGAAUGUGCUCACUUUGUGCAUCUCUGCAAUCGUGGUCAGUGGCCAAGUUGGAUGAAGCAAAAUGUGACGCCAUUCAGACCUUCUGGACCAGCUUUGGGCAGUCGCACAGCCUUGGCUUCCAGCACCAGGAGGAUUCAUGUGCUCCAGAGGGCAGCAGGGAAGAUGUUUUACCAGUGGGCUGAAGUUCUGGGAGCUCGUCUUGAGGACAUGCUGAAGACAGAGAAGCAGACCUUCGAUCAGGUUACCGUGUCCCUCUGUGAUCCAGAGAAACAACGUCAGCUCCUGAUCCAGGAUGAAGAGGAAGACUUCCUAGACGAAGCUUGCGUCAAUCCUCAUGGGAAUGACUGUCCUCCAGCUCUCAAACUUGUAGCUUGUGUUCUCCUCAAUGAGAUCACAGCCUUCCUCCGCGAGACUUACCAGACCCUCCCGAAGACUUCGAAGCUGUCCACAAAGGAAAAACCAGCACCGUGGGACAAGGUUUACAGCCAAUCUGUUCUUCCCAGAGAGGCUAAUCGUCGUUGGUCCAUGGCGCUCAGCUCCAUGGGUCACAGUCAGACAUCAGCCCAGAGCUUGCAGUCCAUCGCGGGCGGAGACGGUGGCCAGACUGAGAGGAAGAUUUCUUUUGUGCUUCAUGAACCAGAUAAUGAAUCCGAGGGCAGCAGCAACACCACAGUGACACUCCAGGGCGAAGAGACGAACAUCCAGCCUCAGAGAAGACCAGUGGCUGCUGUGAGACCAUUCUUGCUGAGAAGAGGGACAUCUGGAGCACCAACUGGGGGAUCCUUCAAGCGACGAUCCCUGAAAUUGAGACGUGGCACAAAGGAUGGCAAGGAUCUUGAGUCAGACUAUCCUGUUAAGAGAACCGACUCAAUUCAGUCCAGGAGGAAGGUCUCUUCAUUGUCAGAUCGGAGUGAUACAUCGGAGCAGGGAGUAGCGAGUGGCGGAGAGGAAUCUCCGGGGAUUCUCAGCGAUGACCAACCACCUGAAUCACCUAGUGAUUCAAAUGACACAGACGAAACGGGAAAGACGAUGCCCUGGAUGAAGUCUGCCCUUGAAUUGGUGAAUUCAUUCAACUUCUACUGCUCCCACCAGAGUUUCUGCCAUCCAUUCUGCUACCGUCGUCACAUGCGAGCUGCCUCUCGCCUCGUAAAAGCCGUAAGAAAGAUCUAUGGUGAGGAAUUUGGGCUGGUUCUUGGGAUGGAAGGCGGAAUAUCCGAAAGUGGACGCUUGGGUGGCAGAAGAGAUCGCCGUCAUGGCAGAAAGGUUUCUGACCUUAGUUCAUCGCAAACAUCACCGUCGAGACGCAAGGAUAGUAUCCCUAGGAAGGACAAAAUUAUCCAUGAAGAUUCAGAUGCAGCAAAUGCCCAAAAGGCAGCUGAAAAAUCCGAGCAGUCGGCUAAACGUCGAGAAACCUCUUUAAUGCUGAAAUAUCUCAAAAAUCACAUCCGUGAGAUGUUCCAUAUCCCAAUUGCAACCCUAAUCAAGGGAGCAGCUAUCCUAACUGAAGAUCAAUUCAUUGAGGCUAUACCAGCUGCUUGGGAACUUCUACUAGAACCCAAUCAAGAAACCGCUGCAACAUCAGCUGCAUUCUUCAUCCUUGGAGCAGUGAAAGCACCUAACUUUGUCUCAGAGAUCAUGCAGAAGGCCCUAAAGAACAAAGAUCCUGACAUAAGAAUAGGAGCCAUAUUGCGGUACCAGGUGCUUUGGAAGUGUCGCUUUCAAGUCUGGCCUAGAAUGGAAGAGGGUGCUCAUAUGUCCUUUAAGGUGCCUCCACCAGGAAUUGAAUUUACUUUGCCAUCGCCCAAAAUAGGCAUCGAGAGCCUCCCUGUUGUGGAUCCUCCAUGGAGUCCGCGGCAGCAGACGAAAGAUAUGGAAGUGACUCUCAAUCAAGAACGUCAUCGAUCCCUCGUGACGGCCACUAAAACAAGGAAGAAGCAGCAAACUGAGGCUAUCAGAUAUGCCCUACAGCAGCAGGAGGAUAAGCAACGGGCGGAAAGGCAGAGUUUCAUGAUGACAACGAUUCCAAUUACACAGCAAGCAGCUCAUGAGCCAGGACUCGAUCAUGCGCCAGGAGAAGAUCACAUGGAAGAGGAAGAAGGAGAUGUUGGGAGAGCAGCUCCUCAUCUUCACGCUGCCCAUUCCUUGUUCCCAUCGGUUCUGUGCUCCUCUGUCAUGCAAAUUGUUGAUUGCCUGGAUGAUGCUGCUGUAAGUUCAGAUGGAUGUGCAGUUUACGAAAUUGCCUAUCAGGUGAUUUGGGUAUGCCUCGUGGAGGACUCUGCCCUCUUCCUUCGCUACGUCCUUGAGAGACUGACUCGUGACCGUCAGGAUCAGAUGUUUAAACUUUUGCGGCAUCUGAUUCGAUUCGUUCCGCGACUUCCGCAACAAGCGGCCUUUGCCCUCUAUAACUACAUCAUUGGCUACGUCAUGUUCUACGUACGCUCGUCCCAUGAGUACAGUCAACAGCUCGUUGGAUCUGCACUAUCGAUUUUGUGGAUGGUUGUUCAUAGCGUCCAUGGAAUUAUGUUUAAGGAUCUCAAGCAGAUCCUGAGGAAGGAACAGUGUGAUGCAUCGAUUCUUCUUACAGCCAAUGUUCCAUCUGCUAAGAAAAUUGUUGUCCAUGGACCUGAAGAUAAGGAUGAAGGUGGAAUCCCUUCGCAAUUUCCCGUUCAGGAAGACACACAAUUUUGCCAACUUCUUCGUGAAUCUCUGGAUUUCUUUGGGAUUGAGGAGAAGAAUCACUCUUACCAUUUUCUUAUUGACUACAGAUCGCAUCAAAUACUCAAUCCCAAUUGGUACGUCAGGGAUUUGUACUUCUUCAAGAGAUCACAAUAUCCUCAACUCAGGCUGGUUGAGAUGAAGCCUGAGGAGGCUUUCUAUGCCUUGCAGAAGCAGGAGCUUAUGAGGAAAUUUGUGGAAAUUGGAAAAGUCCAUUUGACUUGGGCUAUUCUCAAGAAUGUCGAUAUGGUGGUUCAGAGGGUGGUUUUUCUCCAUGAAGAACUCAUGAAACUGCCCUCAUUUCCACGGAAGGCUCUCGAAGUGGACCUGGAUUUGCAUCAAGGUGGAGAAUUGGGGAAAGAACUCCUGGGAUUGGAUGUUCUGCACAAGUUCAUGUGGGUUCGUUUGAUUGCUCGAAUGUUUGAGGCCAUGGCUGGGAAUUUUGCCUAUUCAGCUGACAUUCAACUCUUCCUGAAUGUUCUAUCAGGAGCUGCAAUCCUUCAUUCUGAAGAUUCUUGCAUAAUGCGCUACGUUACAGCUACUUUUAUCAACGCUGCAUUCCAUUUUAAGAAUAUCUUCUCGACAAAUGGCUAUUUUAUGAUAAUGCCGACGCUCCUUCAGGUUUAUUCGCUGCACCAGACCAAUAAACUCGUCACCACGACCAUUGAAUAUGCCGUUAAGCAAUUCUACUUGCUGAAUCGCAAACCCUUCAUCCUGCAGAUGUUCGGAUCCGUGUCUGCAAUCCUGGAUACCGAUGAGGAUGGUAUCUAUGGGGAAGCUCACAAAGUCCAGUCGAGUUGCUUGUUCAAUUUGCUCCUGAGUCUGGAGACUCCAUCGCCAGAUCCCCUCAAUAUUGCUGAACUGGUGAAGGAACCGAAACCUCUUAAAGCAAUAGAUUUCUGCUAUCACGAUGAGGAUGAGAUGGUUACAGUUCUGGAUUGCAUAACUUUAUGCGUUAUGGUCGUUUCAUACUCAGCAGAGAGUACCCGAGGCUAUCAGAUGCUUAUUAUCCUGGAAGCCAUCCUACCAUGCUAUAUGCAACAGAUUCAGUCCCCAAGCUAUGUCCCACUCGAGGGGAAGUCAGAGAGAGAUAUCAUCCUGCAGCUUGCAAUUGCCAUCCGGACCAUGGUUCACAAUUGCGAAGGGCUUUCUAAGAGCUACAAUGGCCCCUACCGCAAUAGUCCUGAACACAAAGGAUCCAGCCAGAGGAACUGCAGUCGCGGUCCUCCAUGCUCUCCUGGGCUGGACUUUGAGGAUGAAUCCCAUUCAAAGUACGUCAGUGAUGUGGGGAGGAUGAAGAUAAUGGACACAGCUGAAGAUUCAGAACUCAUCAGGGCAGAGUAUCGUCGCCCAAGAGAUGUUCUUUUGUCUGUUGUAGGGGAAUUUAUCAGUCGUGCCACGACUCGUCUCCAGGAGCUGUCCAAAAAGCAAGGAGCAGACACAAAGCCCGUUGAUCUGCUAGAUGUAAAGUGUCAUGUACGCCUGGCAGAUAUAGCCCACUCCCUACUCAAGGUCUCUCCCUAUGAUCCCGAAUCCAUGGCUUGUCGUGGCCUCCAGCGGUAUAUGCAGUGUGUCCUCCCACGAGCAGAAUGGGCAGAUGAUGCAAUGCGUCCAGCUCUUGUGACCAUACUCAGACGUCUGGACAAGGUCUUUAUGAAGAUCUCGAAAAAACCUUCAAUUCGCAGGAAUACGGACUGGGAAGCAGCUUCGGGACUCCUCAAGGGUAUCCAUGAGACUGUCCUGAGGUAUCCCUAUGUUCUGCACUGGCAGCAUGUUAAAGUCCUCUUCAACACCGUACAGAAUCUCAUUGUCAAUGAUCCUGGUCAGUCACCUGAAGGAGUUUCCAGUGCUGGAGCUGCUGUUAUGUCUCAGAAUCCUCCGCCAUUCUUCUGCUCCACUGUUGUACGCCUCAUCACCCUGCAGGUGGUUAGUCCUGUGGAUUGUUUUACCCUAGAACACAUCUGCGGAGGAUCAGCUGAAUUUCCCACGCAGGAAAAGGCCGAAGGACAUCUUAUCCAUCUAAUCAUGCCACUGUGUCUCAAAGCCUGCAGCGGAAGGGAUCUGGGAGAACUCAAGCAGCAUGAUAUCUCUUUCCUGGUCACAGCAAUACUCAAUGCCAUGAGUCCACCAGCCGGAAGGUCAGCUCAAGCAACAACCCAAAGCAAUCGGGUUGUUGGCGAUCUCCGAGCAAGCUCUCUAACUUUCACAGGAAGUCGAGAAGCCAAGAGACCAGCACGAAUUUCUGGAUCUCUCUACCAAGCUGCCUUCCUGGCACUCAGAAUUCUCUGCAUCUCCUUUGAGCAACGUCUGGCCAAUGAAUGGCCCCGCAUUGUGCGAGUUAUGAGGGAUCUGGGAAGGCGCAAUGAAGCUGCACCGGAACUCUGGAGCUUCCUGCAGUUUGUGGUCAAUCACCGAACUCCACUCUACAUUGUCCUCAUGCCUUUCAUCCUCCACAAAAUUGCCCAGCCGCCAAUUGGUGACCAUGAGCGUCAUAUGCAGUUUAUGAUUCGGGAAAGGAUGCGCGGAAUGCCCCAGCCAGGUGGAGUCAAAUCCCGCGGUGCUCUGCUUCUGGAACUGGCCAGGGAACUCAAGGAUCUUAGGGAUGAACUGGAAGAGCGACGCUACGGAAGUGAUCGAGAUAUUCCGGAACCAUCGCGCCGGGAUGUGGUUCCUUCGACACUCCCUCCAGUCUCUGAAGUACCCAAACACGCACAAAGACCAUCCCUCAUCUCCCUUCUUACUGGAGCUGGUCCGCAUAUUGCCUCUCAGAUGGCUACUCAUCAUGAGAGAACGGCUACUCCCAGUGAUUCCUUGUCCCAGCACACCCUCCAUCCACCCCGGGAAUCCCUUUCGAGCAGCUCGACAACCAAUAGAGAACCGGGAGUGAGUGAUAGUCACAGUGGCGAGGUGACUACCCCGACUCCCAGUCUCGCAGCAACUGCUGGAGGCUCCUCAACUGUCAUUGUCGGUUCCACGGGUUCUGUUCCCCACCUGUCCCAUUCUAUGUCCUUGCAGCAAUCCAUGAAAGCUCAGCAAACUCCCCGGCUUCGUUUUGUGUCCUCCGUAGAGUUCAGACACUCCUCCGGAGAGACUUCCACUACCCCCCUAUCCCCAGAGAGUCCAGUUGAGGACAGUUCUGGGGAGAUUCAGCGUCAUCGACUGCAGAGAUCCAAGGCACAGAGUCGUAAGACCUUCCGCAUCAAGCGCGGGAGGCAAAAUCAGGCAGAUGUGCCCAGUUUAGCUCCGGAACCCGUAGAAGUUCCACCACCGAAACCAGUGGCAGAUUUGUCUUGGGAUUCUGUCUCUCAGACAUCCUCCACUUCUGGUUACAGAGACAACUGCAGCCUCCAGACGGGAUUUCUCUCGCCCGAUGGCUCUCUGGCCAGUGCCCCACCCAUUGGAAGGUCCUCAUCCCAGCACUCACUGCUGAUGCUCUUUGAGGCUCAGGAUGAGGACACGUUGAUUUAAGUGGAUUUAAAGGGAAAUCAUGUUAACAUUCCAGAUUAAUAGUUAGGUUUGUAGGAUGAACUUUGAUUGGAUUUGAUAGAAAGGAAAUUUUAGAGAGAAAUCUAAUGAAGAUGUUCAAUGUUAA